AUGAAAUAACCUGAGUAUAGGUGCACAGAGAAGUUAUGGAAGCCUAUUGUUCGACCUCCGAGACAUAAUUAUCGUUUGAAAGAUAUGGGAAAUGAAAUAUUUAUGGUUCAUGACACUGUAGUUAAGAGAGUAGACUUCGAAAUGGCAAACAGUCGUGGAUUAACACUUCAGUGCAGGUAACCUGUAUAAAAAUGGUUAGUUUAUUUGAGCCUGUUAGAAUAUAAGACAAGCCUCAUACCUGCAUGAUUUAUUUGCAUGGGAACUCGAGUAGCAGAGUUGAAUCUCUAACAAUACUUGAAUAUUUACUUCCUUAGAACAUAUCAGUAUGUGGAAUUGAUUUAUCUGGUAAUUAAUUGAUUAAACAUAGGUUCUGGUUAAUCAUAAGGAGAGUAUAUUUCAUUAGGAUUUUAUGAAUCAAGAGAUGUAAACGAUCUCUACAAUUACCUACGUUUAAAUAAAGUAAGUUAACUUCAUUAUUAAAAGUUGCUUAGCCUUUUAUAACUUAAAUCGGUUUGUGGGGUAGAUCUAUGGGUUCUGUAACAGCCAUAUUAGCAGCCAGUUUGAAUUCUAACUUUAAAAUGCUUGUUUGUGAUAGUCCUUUUUCAAAUUUAACUAAUUUGUGUUAAGAAUUGGCAUCCAACAAUUAUAACAUUCCAGGAUGUUGUUUCAAUUGUUUUUGGUGUUUCGUGAAAUCUAAAAUAAGAAAAGAAGCUAAAUUUAAUAUUGAUGAUCUUAAUAUCAUUCAAAUAAUACAAAGUAGAAAAUAGAAUUAUAUUUAUAGCAUUACAAACUGAUGUUGCUAUAGUAUUUCUAUCAGCUAAAGGUGAUACAUUAAUUGGAGAAAAGCACCCUAAAAUUUUAUCAGAAAAGUUUAGAGGAAUAAAGGAAUUAAUAUAAUUUGAAGGAACACAUAAUUCUAAGAGACCUAUUGAUGUUAUGAAAGGAACAGUGUAAUUCAUAAUAGCAUAGAUGGAAAAAUAUGAAUAACAUAGUAGUCUAAGAGACACUAAAGUUUCAUUAAAUUGUAAGGAUUAAAUUCCAAUUCCAGAUAUUGGAGCUCCUCUACUUCAUUCAGAAAAACCAUAUAUAUCCAAGACGGAAAAAUGA